UGCCAUUUUCUUUCGUACCGUCUUAAUACCAUAAUUCCUUUAAUAGUCUCUUCGACAUAAUUUUAAUUCGACAUGUCGUCGAUCAUAUAUGCAGCACUGCUGCUCGGAGCAGUGAAUGCUAACAACAUCGCUCCUGACUCCAACGUCGAUCCCGUCGCACCUCAAGUGACACCACGCGCAAUCCUACCACGGGAAAACUACAAAACACUGGCAUGGUACUCCACCAACAACAACUACGCGCCAUGGGAGUACGACGCCGAUGCCACCACAUACAGCACCUCAGGCGCAUACUUCCGCAGAUGUCCCACCGACACAAAAUGUGACAUGUUCACAGCAUGCUCGAAUGGAUAUCUCGUUGCUCCUGGCACAUCUUCAUUCUGCGGCAAUGGCGGAUCCGACACCUACACCUGCGGCAGCCACGUCCUGUACCCAUCGCUCAGCGCGUCAGAGAAGCGCGAGUGGUUCUGGUGCGACGAGCAGCCAUUCUCAGGCUACACUCUCUUCGAGCAGACCACAAAAGGCGCAGUCACAAGCGCAACCCCCACAACAGCAUCCCCCUCACAAUCACCCUCCGCCUCAUCCUCCUCAUCACCAUCAGACCAGAGCUCAGAGUCCGCCAACCCAAGCGAAACCGCAUCCGCGGCCGCAAACACAGGAUCAUCAUCGCCAUCCCACCCCCAGGAAACAAACCACUUCGCCAACGCCUCGCCCUCCUCCACCCCCGUUACGUCACCGACACCCCUACCAGCCUCCCACGGAACCAAGAAAGCCACGGUAGCCGGCGCGGUGGUCGGCAGUCUCGCGCUCGUCGCCAUCGCCAUAGGCGCGCUGUUCUUCGUCCGCCGACGACGCAGCCGCGCUGCCGGCGAAGAGUUACCGCAGACGGAGCCGCAGGUCGCGAGGCCGCCGUCAUAUGCUUCGACGCCGGAGACGCUGCCAGCGGGAGGAGUGGUGGGAGGGAAGAAGGAGCGUAGGGUUGUGGAGGAGGUGAGGGCGGUGGGGGAUGAGAUGACGCCGCCUGUUACGCCUAGGGCCCAUGGUUUCGCGUAA